CCCGCUUAUCCCGGCAGAAUCGCUCCAGCCGAAGCGAGUCUCAAGGCCAUCCGCGGCGUUCCCGGCAGCAAGCUCCAAAAGCAUGGCUCCUAAAAUACCUGGAGUUAUUCCUAAAGAAUACUCGGAGGAAAAAGCUACGCGGAAGGAAAAAUACAAAUUAAUGAAACCAAUAAUUGAGAAGAAACGCCGAGAUCGUAUAAACAGUAGUAUCGGUCAACUCAAGGCUUUACUAGGCGAAGAGUUUCAGAAUGGAGAGCCCAAUAUAAAAAUGGAGAAAGCUGACAUCCUCGAGAUGACCGUAAAUUACCUGAAACUUCACAGUCAACAGAUAUUUACAGUGACCUACAAUAAGAGUCUAGCUCAGAAUUUCAAGGAAGGAUACUCUCGCUGUCUGCAAGAGAUACAGCGUUUUACGUUCGUGCCGGAAAGCAAAACCGAAGUUCAGAAUAAACUCGUGAAGCAUUUAAACGAGGCUUAUCACCUUCCCAUGAGCUCGAGUUACUCUGCUUCACUUAUGCAACCCCCGACGUAUCAAGUCGGCAGGAAAAAGGAAGUUAAACCCAACAUUACGACGCUCUGGAGACCCUGGUAAUUCACCAACUUAGUCAGACUGAAGAGAAGACCAUAUUGUACCAGGCUCCAGGGAUGUACUCUGGGAUAAGUAGUAUUCUACUAUGGAAGAACUAACAUCAACCAUUCUUCGUUGAAGGAGAUGGACACACUUUUAAUAUAUAAGAUAUUUAACGUUAAAUUAUGUAAAUAUUCUGCUAUAUAUGUAGAUGACGAAAAUCAUACCUAAGCUGACAGCUGACUCGGUAGUUGUACUGCCUAUUGUUAUAUGCAGAGAUACUUGAGUUAUUCUUUUAUAAAGGAAUGUCAGUGGUGUGUUAUUGGUAGUCUUCUUGUUGAGGAAUUUUGCAUCAUUUUAAGGAAUGUUUUUGUACGUUUACAUAUUAUGUACACCAGUGUAUCAAUGAGUUUCAUUAUAGUGAGCUUUUCAAAAUUCAGAGAUAAACCAAUUGGAUUUUUCUUGUAAAACAUUUCUGAAACAAUGGGAUGUCUGUUCUGCUGGUUUUAAGUUUCCCAUAUGUUGCAGUCUUCAUGAGUUCACAUUUCCAAUAUCUCCUGGAUAACAAUGCAAAUUACUUAGCUCAUGUAUAAAUGUCUGCAUUGUAGCAAUGUGAAAUAUGACGCAGUCCUUAUACUCAAUGGAUAUUGCAUUGUAACAAUGCUGAUUUAAAUAUAUUCUCAUAUUCAGAGUUGUUUGUAGAUAAGCCUUUGAAUGUCAAAAUUGAAUUACUUGUUUAAAUGAUUGAUUUUAUUUUAACAAUGUCAUUUUUGAAUAAACAAUCAUAUG